CAGUCAAGACACCUAUAUUUCCGUUGAAUCCUCCAUAAAAUUUAGCUCUUGAUUAUCCCCCCACCAAAUCCGCCUCCGAACAGCUCUUUUUACCUUGAAUCAUCCAUUUCUUCAAGAAAAAUACUCUCUUUUUUAAGACUAUUUUUCUCCGUCUUCUUUCUGUAAUUGUACAAUAAGACAGAUCUGUUACCUAGUUUUGCAUUUCCCCUAUUUCCUUUUUCUCUUUUUACGCUUUCCUUAUCCUGGGUUUUUAACUUCCUUGUUUCUGAAAUCGCAUUCCAUUUGAGAGCCCACCUCAAAAGGAAAGGGAUUUUUCAUUUUCGUUGUUUGUUUUUCAGUUGUAGAAAAGGGACCUUUAUGGCGAUGAUGUGAGGUUUUUCUUUGUGAUUCAUUGUUUGUAAUUCUGUUUCCCAACAAUCUGUGAAUACCCAUUUCAAGGGAACCAAAAUUUCAAGUUUUUAAGCUCCUAAAUUGACCUUUUCAUGGGUUCAAGCGUGUGGGUUUUCCUUAUUUGACAGAGCCCUUGUACCGUUUUCAAUCAAAAACCAAACCUUUCCCUUUCGUCCUCGAUCUAUCAAGAAAAAAAUCUCAGACUAAGAAAUGUAUGGUACACAAAGCAAAAGGGAUAUUGCCUUAGAAUUGCAGGCACAAUUCUCAAUCUUACGGCCGAGCAUCCAUGCGAGGAGAGCAAAUAUCACCGUCAAAUUCCAAGACCUUUAUGGGUUCACUGUUGAAGGCAAUGUUGAUGAUGUUAAUGUCUUGAAUGAGGUUAGAGAGAAGGUGAGGCAACAAGGCCGUGUUUGGUGGGCGCUUGAGGCAAGCAAAGGCGCUAAUUGGUAUUUGGAGCCACAGAUUUCUUCAAUAACGGAGGGAAUUCCAUUAAAAUCGUCGCUGAAAUUCUCGGCUUUGACCAAUGCAAUUACGUUGAAGAGGCUGAUAAGGAAGGGCAUACCGCCUGUGCUUAGGCCUAAGGUUUGGUUUUCUCUUUCCGGUGCGGCCAAGAAGAAGUCUACCGUGCCUGAGAGCUAUUACAGUGAUUUGACGAAGGCUGUAGAGGGCAAGGUCACCCCAGCUACGAGGCAGAUUGAUCAUGACUUACCACGAACCUUCCCUGGUCACCCAUGGCUGGACACUCCAGAAGGUCAUGCUGCUCUUAGACGUGUGCUUGUUGGGUAUUCCUUCCGGGAUUCUGAUGUUGGCUACUGUCAGGGCUUAAAUUAUGUUGCAGCAUUGUUGUUGCUUGUUAUGAAAACAGAGGAAGAUGCAUUUUGGAUGCUUGCUGUCCUCCUGGAGAAUGUUUUAGUCAAUGACUGCUACACAAACAACCUAUCAGGAUGCCAUGUUGAGCAAAGGGUUUUCAAAGAUUUGCUUGCUAAACAGUGCCCAAGGAUAACUUCUCAUUUGGAAGCAAUGGAGUUUGAUGUUUCCCUUGUUGCUACUGAGUGGUUUUUGUGCCUUUUUUCCAAGAGCUUGCCGUCAGAGACAACUCUGCGGGUGUGGGAUGUCCUUUUCUAUGAGGGGGCUAAGGUUCUUUUCCAUGUAGCUUUGGCAAUUUUUAAGAUGAAGGAAGAUGAGUUGCUUCUAACCCAACAUGUAGGCGAUGUUAUCAAUAUAUUGCAGAAAACUACUCAUCACAUGUUUGACCCUGAUGAGUUAUUGACGGGAACGAGUACAUGGAGGGUGAACAUAAAUAGGAUCUGAAUGACUUUGAUAAAAUUGGGAAAGAAAAAGAUGGAAAGGAAUAGAAAAAGGAAACUGCAUCAAACAGAUUUCUUUUAUUAACAAGCUUGAUAAAACAUAAUCGAAUGGUAAAGUAGAUUUUUAUUGACUUGUGAUGAUGAUCAUGUGCCUUUGCUCUUGGCCCUAUGCCUGCCCUAAGAUUAGUUGGCUCAUGGUAUGGACAUCAUUAAAAGAGUGCAAAGAGGUCAUUAAUAAGAAGUUUUUUCUCCAUGACUGCAAACUUUUUGUUUUAAAUCCAACAGGUUGCCUUUGAUAAGAUUGGCUCGAUGACAACCAACACCAUAUCAAAGCAAAGAAAGAAGCAAGAACCGGCAGUAAUGGCAGAGCUAGACCAGAGAUUGAGAAGAUUGAACUCCUUCAAAGAUGAAAAUAACAAUGUAUGACCAAAUUGUAUAUGUUUGGCCCUCUUUUGGAGUCUGCUGUGUUGCCCCUGAGGAAAUGCUAAAUUAAAGCCCUCUUAUUCGCUAGAAACUUGCUUGUGGUUUUCCAGUGGCCUGUUGAUGGUAAUUUAACUGGGGGGCUAUUGUAUCUCUUGUCCUUUCUGGCAUGGUACUUUUUUGGCAUGGUAAAAGACACUCCCAUAAACAACAUUGUUGGGAAAAGAGUUACUACUUUUCCUGGAGAAAAAACAUUAAGGAUAAUCCAGUACUAUUUUCAAAGGGUAUACUGUAUGGGGAAUGUUCAAAUAUAUAGAUCACUGAGCA